CGGAAGCGCGAGAUCGGGCGGUCGCACCACGUACGCGAGGCCCAGUUCGCCUUACUAACUUGGUGACUUGGUCACUCAGUGACGCUCCCGUGCGGCCGAGGGUGCUCUCUCGGCGAGUGUCAGUUGCGUAAUCUGUUUUGCGCUGUCUGUCGCGAUCACCUCGCCAACGUCAUUAGCCGGCGGAUUUUUUCGGCGGGGGAUAGCAAUAAAGCACGCGGUAGCGUUCGGAACGCAGGAACUGAUAGUGUUACCUGCGGCUGGGCAUCGAAGCUUAUUUCUUCCUCUCUUUUUGGUGAGCCGAUGCAAACUGUGACUGCAGCAAGUGUGGCAUGGGGAGAAUUGAAAGAAAAAACGUAAAAGAGUUGUGGCAGACCCAGCGGGAAACGAGUAAAUAAUAUGGAUAUCCAUCGAAGGUACCGUCACACUUUCGUGACGAGUUAUCGCGCGUGCAACGGGUGUCGCAUUAUGAUUACAUAAUUCAUUAUGAAUCGCCAUUCAGACUCGGUUCCAGGCGCUUACAGAACUGAAGUUUGCAGUUAUUUGCUUGCGAUGCGGUAAUCAGACGCGACUGCGAAGGACAAAUGAAUACGUGUGAUCGGAAUCGUGGGACUUGCGUUCUUUUUUUUUUUCCUCUCCUCGGCUUCCGAGGACGGAAGUCCGCAAAUCGCGGAUAUCGAAGUGCCGAAUUCAAUUCUUCAACGAAGAGUGCUCGCGCUGACGACCGAACGGAUAGUCGUAUCAAUCGUAAGGUAAUCGAUAGUCGUAUUAGAGUAAUCGAACGCUUCAAGGACUCGAGCCCUUAAAGAUUCUGCGAUGGUGCACAUUGCCUAUCCGGCGCACGACGUAUCGAAAGGACAUGAUCGCUGACGUGAAUACGCUUUACCGUAUUAUAUUCUCCGGAAAAGCUUAGACCUCCGUCUGAAACUGUCCGUCGACGAACGAUUGUCGCACGUACGAAGCCACGAAGUAUCUCCAGGCAGUUGCGAUAAAUCCCACUCGCGUUGUCAACGUCCGAUCUUCCAACGCGCGGCUCACAACUUCCGUUGAAAAAUGGCGCGGAGGCCCGCGCCGAGGAAAACUCAAUGAAUGGGAAUCGAGCCUCGCGUCGGUAUGAAUGAAACGUGCGUCAUUAAACAACCGUCGCGCCGACUCGAGUGUGUGAACAACGGAUGAUUACAGCGAUAUCAGCGAUUGUUCAUCCAGCCAACGAUUCGCAAAACAAAGGCUAUACCGUGCGACACUCGCCGAAAUAGAAAAGGGAUUUCCUCAGUGUUUCGACUCCCCACUGCGCGAGACGACUUUCUUCGGGACGACUACAAUCUGUAUACCCGACAUGGUGAAAGGUUAUAGAAAAUUGAUGAUCAACUUCAGGCAAAAAUCUUUAAGGACUCUCAAGGCCAAUAUGGAUCAAACGAGACAAAUUCUUCGACAUCCUUCUGACUGAAACACAGCCAAGGUUCAAUCUAUCUAUCGCAGUCAAAGUAGACGCACGUAAGUCCAGCAGUCGACUCCAGGCAGCUCCGAUUGUCGAAGAUAUCUCGGGAAGAAGCUUACCUGGCCGAUCAGCUCCGGUGCUCGUGAACGGCGAAUGAGCUUGGUGAACCCGAUCAGCCGUCCGACACCUCGCCGCAGACAUCAGCUAAGAAUGUCUGACAGUUCGGAUCAGCUGUCAUCGCCAAAUAGCGACUGCAACAGUCAGAUUGGUGCCGUCCAUCGCAACGCAACUGCUCAGUACGGCAACACGACGUCGAUGUCCGGUCUCGGCUUGUCUCAUCAUCCACAGAACCUGACGCCCACGUCGAACGGUAGCCCCCAGUAUCCGCAGGAACUGUCUACCUGCGGCACAGGCGCCAGUGUGAGCGCCAAUAUCGUCAAUAUCAGCAGCCUCUCAUUCGGCGGUACCACUAGCAACUUCACGCCCGAGCAGAUAUCCUGUAUGUGUGAGGCACUGUCCCAGAGUCAGGAUAUCGAGAAACUGUCGAGAUUCCUCUGGUCCCUACCGCCCGGCGAGCUGCUUCACGGAAGCGAGAGCGUGUUGAUGGCGCGUGCCGCCGUUGCCUUUCACCGUGGAUCUUAUCACGAGCUCUACUCGAUCCUGGAGAGCCACCCUUUCUCGCCACGGCGUCACCCUGAGUUGCAGCAAAUGUGGUUCAAGUCGCACUACCGCGAAGCCGAGAAGAUUCGUGGCCGGCCGUUGGGCGCUGUGGACAAGUACCGGCUCCGCAAGAAGUAUCCGCUACCCAAAACGAUCUGGGACGGCGAGGAGACCGUUUACUGCUUCAAGGAGCGCUCGAGGAACGCUCUGAAGGAGUGCUACAUGAAGAACCGAUAUCCCACGCCGGACGAGAAGAAGAACCUCGCGAAGAAGACUGGCCUGACGUUGACUCAGGUAUCCAAUUGGUUCAAGAAUCGCCGGCAGAGGGAUCGCACUCCGCAAACAAGGACGGACAUGAUACCGUUGAAUUGUCAGGCCACGGCAAACAGCGCGAUCAGCAGCUCGGUGAGCAACGGCGGCAGCAUCCAGUCUCUGCAGAGCAUGGACUCGGACAGUCCGAAUCUCGCGAUGUCACCUUUGUCGAACAUUGGCAUGUCGCCGGUCGCCAUGAACCCGUGCAGCCCAAUGGGCAUGAGUCCGAUGGGGCCUCAUCACGGCUACGCCACCCCCGUCACCCCGUCGUCUGUUCACACCGCUCACUCGCACAACGGCGGAUUAAGCCCUAUGAACGACGUCAAGACCCUUUGUUACGGGCGCAGCGUGUACGAUACAGGAAAAGACGUGGAGCAGAGCUCGGUGUACUACAGCAGUCACUCCAGUAUGCACCACCAGUACUACCAGCAGACGCAUCAUUCGAUGAUGUCCAGUUCCCAUCACCAUCAUCAUCAUCAGCAGAGCAUGCCGACCGGCUACGAGAUCAUGCUGCCGCCGCCUCAGCACUCUAUGUGAUCGACAGACUACGAGGUUACCCGGGGUGAUCAGGCUCAACAUGGGCAAAACGACGACGUGCUGGCGCGCGUACACGCCUUCGCUUGAGUUUACUUCUUCUCUCGUUCGCGUGCGGUAAAGAGGAAGUCGUGUAAAAACGAAAAACGGCAGAGCACCCGGACAAAGUUUAGUCAGAUUUGAGUUUAGCUUCAGCGUCGUUCGACGUUGCUUAUCAUCGACUUUCCGGUGCAUUUGAGACGAAAAAACGUAUCCAGGAAAGGGUCGGGAACAUUCAAGGUGAAUCUCGAAAGACCCGCUUUACCUGUACGAGUGUGUGUUAACUUUUCCGCAGCGAUUACACCGAGUGAGAGAGAGAGAGAGAGAGAGAGAGAGAGAGAGAGAGAGAGAGAGAGAGAAUGAUUAUAAAAGUUACGUUACAAGGUAUGAAGACAUGCGCGCAUAUGUGAUCAGAUGCGAAUACAGAUUACAAUUGUAAAAUUUAGCAAUUAUUACCACGAACAAGAGAGAGAGAGAGAGAGAGAGAGAGAGAGAGAGAGAGAGAGAGAGAGAAAAGAUAGGAAAAUCAACAAGCGAGAUCACUUCGAAUGCUUAUGUAAUUACUAAAUUGUAAUUGUAAUUGUAAAGUUAUAUAUACUGCUGCGCAGAACGCAGAGAUGUAAAUCGAUGUGUGAAUUACUCUUCCUCCGUUACAGUCUCUCGAUCUUUUAAUAUUACGAUUCUUUCGAGGAUUUUCUCUGUGAGUGAAAAUGAUUUCGCGCACAAUUGCAAUUACAUUACACGAAUUCGUGUUCGCGAGCAAACGCUGCGACCGUGAAAAAGUCGCGCCUUGAGGUGGUGAGAAUACAUACAAGAGGCUUGGGAGGGACGAAUAAACUGGUUUUAUUUUGUGCACCCUUCUUCUCAAAGACAUUUUACACGCAACAAAAGGGCUCCAACUGCCCUUCGGGACAAUCGUGCAGAAUUUGCUUUUUUCAAAACAUAUGCGGAUGUGGCUUCUUUGUAAUCUACUUUGAUUCGUUGCUACUAUACUUUUAUGAGACGUCGAUUAUGUAUGUAAAAGUGGAGGAUGUAUGUAAGAGAAAAAAGAUAAAUAUUUAUUUCGUCAAGUAUGUACGAUAUAUUUUCAGCGUCGUGUAUGAUGUCUGUGUUGUAGAUACUACUUGUAAAUCAUUGCGAGAGGCGCAAAGUUGCAACAGCGAAGAUAUUGAGACGUCGUUUAGAAUCGCCAAGGAGAUGAAUUUGUUUUUAUGGAGAAAUUUACAGCUUGGGAAAGGCAGAAAAAAGCAAUUACGCGAUGAAGCAACCAAAGCACAGACACGCUACUCCUUUUCUCCUUAUUUUACCUGUAUAUAGUCGAGAGAUACAUGAUAUGAGAUACACGCGCGCCUAUUAUGUAUGUAAUGUAUAUAUAAUACCAGAAAGUAACAAUGUAUUAAAAUGGUUUUUAAUAAAUAGGUAUUAAGUAGUAU